ACACCCGGUAUGCACAGGGAGAACGGACAGGUGGAGAGAUAUUGCCGUACCGUACUCAACAUGCUGCGAGUUGAAGUGGGGAAUAGAGGGGUACAAUGGUCUGACGUACUCUGGAGGGUACAGUUAACCCUCAAUAUCACCCGACAGUCUACCACCCAGGCAUCGCCACUACAGCUGCUCAUUGGUAUCGAUGCAGCAACUCCUGCGAUACGAUCCCUUGUGAGGGAUACUGCUUUGCAUGACUCUGGUACUAAUCGAGAGGCGUUAAUGACACUAAGGCGUCAACGCGCUGCUGAAAAUCUGACGGCUAAUCAACGGCGUCAAGACGCGUACGUCAACGAGGAUAGACGUCAACCUCGUGUGUACUCUGUAGGUGACUUUGUGUUUGUGUCUAAGAGUUCACAGAGCACCGGUAAACUGGACGCGGGCAUGCGCGGCCCCUAUAAGGUGGUGAGCGCGUUGCCACAUCAUCGUUACGAGCUGGAACUCCUGGCCGGGUCAUAUGGCAAAAGAACCCAGGCUGCCGCGGAAAACAUGGUGUUGUGGCAUGGCGAAUGGACGCCGGAGACUUGCGCAGCUUUCUUUCGGAGCGACGACCAUGAUGAACCUGGCGAUGGCCCGAAUGAUGAUGGUUCGGGAGAUGACGAUGAUACUCAACCCGCAGCUAUGCACGCGGGCGAGGACGCACCGCGGUCAGGAACGGCCGUCUUAGCAAGUCCCUGCUCACCCCAACCUAGCUGCAGCCGUGAUGCAUAAAUAGCAGCGCAAACGAACGCUCGGGCUCACUUUUUUGUCGGCGCUCGUGGAGUACGGACGGUUAUAGGAUCAAUUUAUAUUGUUCUUGAUUGUCAUGGGCUAUUUUUGUCGGUAUUAGUGUUAAUUUGAUAAUUAGGUUGUAAAAUCAGUUAAGGAGUAUAAAAUAAUUUGUUUACUGAAAUCUUAUUUGUUAAAUAAAAUUAUUAGGUCAAUUCGUGUGUUAUUUUUUAAAAACUUAACCUCACUUCUGGUUCGUA